CCUGAUUCGUUUCAGAUCAAGAUUCUGUUUGACCAUUGGCGGCACUUGGAAAGUUGUUGGAAUCCCAGGACUCUGUUGUUCAUAUCAUCCCCGUCAUUGUUAAUUUCUCGAAGACUUGUAGGGGGACAAGUGGACUGAGAAAUAAUGGGGAAGAAGGCGGCAAAGAAGGAGGUUGACAAGUGUGAUGUUUGGUGGUGGUUGACUGAUGGGCGUUGUGUGGUUUCAUUCCUGUGCAUUGCCAUCUUUGCAUUGUUGGUGCGGGUGGGGGUUUCCUUCCAUCCCUAUUCAGGUGCUGGAAAUCCGCCCAAGUAUGGUGACUAUGAGGCGCAGAGGCAUUGGAUGGAGAUCACCCUUAACACUGCUUCCAGGGAAUGGUACCGCAACAGCACCACCAAUGAUCUCCUCUAUUGGGGCCUUGACUACCCUCCCCUUACUGCCUACCAGAGCUAUGUGCAUGCUCUCUUCCUUAACUACUUCCAUCUUGAUUCUGUCGCCCUUUUCACCUCUAGGGGUCAUGAGUCCCCUCUUGGAAAACUUCUCAUGAGGUGGACAGUGUUGUCCGCCGAUGCCCUCAUCUUUUUCCCUGCAGUUCUAUGUUUCAUCUGGAUAUACUACACUGGUCGCCGCAGUGGCUAUAAAGAAGGCAUCACAUGGCAUCUUGCUAUGAUUUUAGUUAGCCCCUGUCUUAUCCUAAUUGAUCACGGACAUUUUCAGUAUAACUGCAUUAGUUUGGGCUUUACUGUUGGAGCUGUUGCUGCCAUCUUCUCUGAAAACGAUUUGGUAGCUUGUUUCUUGUUUAGUCUUGCACUCAACCAUAAACAGAUGAGUGCAUAUUUUGCACCUGCAUUUUUCAGCCGUCUCUUAGGGAAAUGCUUCAAGCGUCGGUAUCCACUGCUUGAGGUUUCAAAACUGGGGUUGACGGUUAUGGGAACAUUUGCUCUUAUUUGGUGGCCUUAUCUUUAUUCAACAGAAGCAUUUAUGGAGGUUAUCUCCCGCCUGGCUCCUUUCGAGAGAGGGCUAUUUGAGGAUUAUGUAGCUAACUUUUGGUGUACCACUUCUGUGCUUAUAAAAUGGAAGAAGCUAUUCACAACCCAAUCACUGAAGCUUCUCAGUUUAAGUGCAACUGUUCUUAGUAUUCUUCCCUCCAUGGUUCAACAGAUAAUGUCUCCAAGUGAUCAGGGUUUUCUAUAUGCACUACUGAAUAGUUCAUUUGCAUUCUACUUAUUCUCAUUCCAAGUUCAUGAGAAGUCUAUCCUGUUGCCUCUUUUACCAGCAAGUCUGUUGGCUUUGGAAGAGCCUCUUCUUUUCAAGUGGUUCACAUUCUAUGCCAUGUUCUCAAUGUAUCCCCUUCUUUGCCGUGACCAUCUGAUUUUACCAUACAUGGCUUUACUUGCACUGUUCCUCUUCAUUUACUAUUCGCCAGGUGGCAGACAAGGUGGAAGAGAGGUUUAUCUCCCCAAAUGGGCACAGAUUGUAAUGUCCUUGCAUCUCUUAUGCUCUGUUCUACUUCAUCUAAUCUACUUGACAUUUCGGCCUCCAGAGAAAUAUCCGUUCAUCUUUGAGGCCAUGAUUAUGCUUCUUUGCUUCUCUCAGUUUAUUUUGAUUACUGUUUACACAAAUACAAAGCAAUGGAGGUUGUUGAACAGUCUUACUUGGAUGGAUAAGGAAAAGAAACUUGUUUGAGUUCCAUUAAUCAAUUUUGCAUAUGUGUGAACCUAUUUGAGGUUUAAAUUAAACUGUGUUGUUCUUUAGUGGUCUAACAUGUGUUUUCAUUUUUUCUUUGCUUAAAGCCAUAGCAACUUUUUUAUUCCUACUUUCAUUCUCUCAAUCAAUUUGUAAAGUUAAAACAUCUUGCCUGCAAAAGUUAUUAAAUACCAUUAAUCUUCAAAUUUGAUA